CUCCCCGCCCCCGAGGGUCGCCACGUCCCUCACGUACCGCCCGGCCGAGGCGCUGAGCGGCGACCUGGCUACCCCAGCUCCGGCUCCUCCGGCGGGGCUUGGCAUGAGGCUGGCGCGGCUGCUUCGCGGAGCCGCCUCGGCCGGCCCGGGCUCCGGGCUGCGAGCGGCCAGCCCCGGCGCCAGCCGCAGCUUCACCUCGGACUCGGCCUCCGGGCCGGCGCCCGAAAGCGGCGUUCCGGGCCAGGUGGACUUCUACGCGCGCUUCUCGCCGUCCCCGCUCUCUAUGAAGCAGUUCCUGGACUUCGGAUCUAUGAAUGCUUGUGAAAAGACCUCAUUUAUGUUUCUGCGGCAAGAGCUGCCUGUUAGAUUGGCAAAUAUAAUGAAGGAAAUAAGUCUACUUCCAGAUAAUCUUCUCAGGACUCCAUCAGUUCAGUUAGUACAAAGCUGGUAUAUUCAGAGUCUUCAGGAGCUUCUUGAAUUUAAAGACAAAAGUGCUGAAGAUGCUAAAACUAUUUAUGACUUUACAGAUACUGUGAUUCGGAUCAGGAACCGACACAAUGAUGUUAUUCCUACGAUGGCCCAGGGAGUGAUUGAAUACAAGGAGAGCUUCGGGGUGGAUCCCGUCACCAGCCAGAAUGUUCAGUACUUUUUGGAUCGCUUCUACAUGAGUCGCAUUUCAAUUAGAAUGUUACUCAAUCAGCACUCUUUAUUGUUUGGUGGAAAAGGCAAAGGAAGCCCGUCUCAUCGAAAACACAUUGGAAGCAUAAAUCCAAACUGCAAUGUAGUUGAAGUUAUUAAAGAUGGCUAUGAAAAUGCUAGGCGUCUAUGUGAUUUGUAUUAUAUUAAUUCUCCUGAACUAGAACUUGAAGAACUAAAUGCAAAAUCACCAGGACAGCCAAUACAAGUGGUUUAUGUACCAUCCCAUCUCUAUCACAUGGUGUUUGAACUUUUCAAGAACGCGAUGCGAGCGACUAUGGAGCACCAUGCUGACAAAGGUGUUUACCCUCCUGUUCAAGUCCACGUCACACUGGGUAACGAGGAUUUGACUGUGAAGAUGAGUGACCGAGGAGGUGGUGUUCCUUUGAGGAAAAUUGACAGACUCUUCAACUACAUGUACUCAACUGCACCCCGGCCUCGUGUUGAGACAUCUCGAGCAGUGCCCCUGGCUGGUUUUGGUUAUGGAUUGCCCAUAUCACGUCUUUAUGCCCAGUACUUCCAAGGAGACCUAAAGCUAUAUUCUCUAGAGGGUUAUGGGACAGAUGCAGUUAUCUACAUUAAGGCUCUGUCAACAGACUCGAUAGAAAGACUCCCGGUGUAUAACAAAGCUGCCUGGAAGCACUACAACACCAACCACGAGGCUGAUGACUGGUGCGUCCCUAGCAGAGAACCAAAAGACAUGACAACAUUUCGCAGUGCCUAGAUCCGUUUGGGACACCUGGAAAAUCCAAAUGUGGCUUCUGUAUUAAAUUUGGAAGGGAUGAUGUUCAGAACCACAUUAUACCAAAUACGUCAUGUGUUAUUUUCAGAAUUAACUAUUUGGGUAGAAUAGAUGGAAAGUGAAUUCCAUUUAUGUCCGUCAAGGCUACUAAAGGAUGAAAUCGUACCUAUUUUACACUUAUAUUUUCACAGUUAAUUGAGCAUAUUUUUAAACACCUGUAGUUUUGGUCAACUUUUCUCUUUAUGGUAGACUUCAGAAGCACGGAAGUCUUUGGGUUUCUACGGAAAGCUGUGUGUGUGUGUGUGUGUGUGUGUGUGUGUGUGUGUUUCAAAGAACUUUUCGUUCAUGUCUGCUAGAAACAUUUUCUUCAUAAUACUGAUGAGCAAGUUAGCCAUCCUUCUGUUUUGGAGUUGUGCCAUCCUUCAUUAGUGUGUAAUGACAGCUGUAAUAAGACAGUCUUCAGAUGUACCAGUGACUGACUCUAAGUGAAGCAGAAAACAGUUGCUGUGUUAGUGAAGCAGCAGCCACCUUUCAGCCUCUACCUGCACUGUCUUCAUUCUGAAGGUGAUUUAUCAUUUUUUAGUUUCAUUGCAAGGGAUUGUAGUAAGUUCCCUGUGAAGCUAAGCCAAGAUUGUAGGCAGUCUCCCCUGAAUGUGCUUCUUGUGAUUAAUGCAGGGGGAAAUUUUUAUACUAAAAACAAACUAGCAGCUGCUAAAAUUCUAGAAAAGAAAUUGAGGGCAAAGCAGUGAGUCCCCAAAAUUGAACUAUAGAUUAUCGUGAUUAUCUGGGGGAACUUUUGAGACAGAGAGCUUUUCUGGGUUCUACUCCAGACAUACAGAAUCAGACUGUCUGUGGCUGGAGUCCAGGAAUCACAAUCUUUAAAACGCUUCCCAGAUGAGUCUGAUGCCUCACCCAGUUAGGAAACCACUCUUUUAAAGUGAGUGACCAUACCACAUUUCCUAAAGUAACAGAGAUCUUUAGGUUUUGAUUCUCACUUACUGAAAGGUCAGACUUCUAGACUCCAGGAAAAGACCAGCACUCUCAGGCCUGGUGCAAUUAAAAGCAUAAUUAAAAGCUGGAGACAAAUUGACUGUGUGAGAACAGUCAAGUAACCAAAGGAUCAGAACCAUAAAUGGACAAGUAUUGACAAAGAACAUAUAUUUUAUAAGAAAUGUUUAGAUUCUGUUGUCAGGAAAACUUCAGCUAGGGCUUAGUAACAAUUCUUUGCAUUCAUAUGGUAAUUUGUAGUUUACCAGUACUUUGCUAUAUUAUGAUAACUCUGUUGGGCCUUAAAACAGUUACAGAGCUGGUGGUAUCAUCCUUGAUUGGAGACUCAGAGGGUGGUCCAGAGUUGCACAGAAUGGGAGGCAGGGCCUGAGCUCUACCCGCUGAUCACUGUCAGCCGCCAAGUCUGGGAGACCAUGAAGUUAGAGGACCUUGUGAGUCAUACCUCAUCAUGUAAGGUGACAGGGAAAUAUAGUGAAAAUAAAUUUAAGGUAAGAUUUUAAAUGUUUAAAGAACAGCUUUACUACUUAAACGUGGGGAACUUACAUUGGGUCGAAACACCUCACUUUCAAAAGGAUUAAAUUAGUUUAACAAUUCUAUACACAUUUGUAAACUGGAAGGGAUGUAAUAGGGCAGUUAGUCCAGGAUCCUCACUUGAGAGGUGAUAGUCCUGAGACUUGGAGUGUGUGGUUUGCCCAGGGGUUCUUAGCUAAUUCGACCAAAUGUUGGAAAAAGAGAUCUUUUACCUAAUCUAUUGUUCCUUAAUUAUGGAUUUUGUGAAAAGUAAUAGGAUAUGCUAGUGGAUGAUUUAUAUUAGUUAAAAGUGUUAUAACUUUUUAGCUUUAAAUUACACUUUUUUUGUAAUGAUGAAAUAUUUUAGAAUUCUUUGAAUCAAAAUACUCUUUCCUAAAUAAGACAUUUGUACAACUGACAUAAACUUGAUGUUUUACUUAUAAAACACUUUCUCUCCCCCCACCCAAAAUUAAAGGAAAAGUGAAAUGUUUUCCUUUAGCUUCUUUUUAAGGUAUAACAACUUUUUUACCUUGUUAUGUGGUAAUGGACAAAAGAUUACAUACAAAAAUAUUUGUGGGCUAGCAUUCGCCUCGAUGGUUUCAAAUCAUUGUGCUCCUUGAAAAGUUUUUAGAUUCUUGGGCUGUUUCGUCCACCAGCAUUUAAUGUGAUGCCAUGUAGCCAUAAAAAUAUACUGAAGGAUAAGCAGUGGAUACUAAGUGAUUUUUAUUAUCUGGGCAUUUAAUGAAUGUGCCAACAUUUUUUAGGAAGAAUCGCAAAAAUAUCCUCCCUAUACUUAAAUUACUGGCUGGCUUUAGAUGUCUUCAUACUUAAUAGUGAUCACUUUCUUGCACUGAAGUUUUUACAUGAAGAUGUUUAAGUGGAAGUCUACCAUAUUAUUUUAUAAAAUGUUUUGUGUGUGACAAUAAACUGAAAACAUGAAUUAACUCUUA